UUCUUUAUACUUUAUAUCAGAACAUAUGUAAGAAUGGGACCUCGCAACGAGUGAAAAUAAAUUUGAUAAAUGAGUUAUGUAUUUAUAUGGAAUAACUCCUCAUACUUGACAAAUAGGAAUAUCUCGUUUUGAAGGAAGAAAAAGACAGACACGCCAUUACAGCCAAAACCUUGGAUAGAUACUAAACUAUCAGAAGGUAACACGUCUUUAUAAACAUUCCUACAUUUUCAGAAUGUUGGGAUAAGAGGCAAAGGCAGUCAUGUAAACACAUACAUCGUUACUUGAGGACGUUAAAAAGUACUCGUUUGUUUACUGAAAGUGUAUUUAACAAUUCCGUUUUAUUCGAGCAGACAUCAGGAUUUCAUGUGUCUCAAAACUGACACACCAACACAUAACUAUGAUGUCUAGAUAUGCAGACGGUCACGACUACAGUUUUGACUCAUAUUCGCCGUCCAGUUCGCCUAGAGGAAGGCGGUAUAUUCUGAAAAACUUGAACACAAAGAAAUUACAUCAACUAGACCAUUUAGACAUAUCUAGGAAAAUCCAUAACGAUUACCAUGAUAUCAGAACAGUUCCGUCGUCACUCAGUUCUGUCACUACAAAUCAGAGCAGUACACACGUCGGAACAAAUCAGAGCAGUAAACAUGUCGGAACGGCAAACAAAGUCAUGCCGACUGACUCACCGAAAAGGACACCACGAGAACCGUUUGUUUACGUGAAACAGAGGAAGGAUUUGCAUGCAAAAGCAGAUUCGCCUCGUAAAGAAACCCAAAAGCAAAGUGAUAAGAAAAGUCCAAGGAAAGCCGAACACGCAGACACGAAGAAUAAUGCUCUUGUUAUGAGUAAAAAGAAUGAAAAAGGGUUAACUCCACGAGAUGAAUAUAUGGUAACUAAGUUAUAUGAUCAGUCACGUGAGAUUAUCUAUCUAAAGCCGUCAGAAGUUCGGUACACACAUGAUCAAAUUACUGCCCAUUUCACGGACGGUAGGUCAAUGUUGCAAACGUUUAUUGCUCUCCUUUAUGGAAGAGUUGAAAUAAGACUUGGUGGGAAUGAUGUCCCGCCCAUUGAAGUGAUGCAGACGAAUGAAAUGGAGGGUGGAAAAGAGGGUAAACUUUGGUACGUCGUCAAUGGCAACAGAAGACUUUACGUGUUCCGAAGACUAGAACGUUGUGGUGCGCUAACAACUAUGCAAGUAAUUGCCAGGAAAUAUGAUUCAAUAGAAAUGGAUAAACAAUUCCUAACAAGAAAUCAUGGACGAACUAUAUCCAUUACAAAUGAUGCUACACUGAAUGCCAAAUUUGGUAAAGAAGUUAAACGAUGGAAAGAGUGGAAGGCAAAACAACCAAAGCAAAAACCGACUAAAGGUAAAGCAGGAAAAUCUAGAAAUAAAGAAGCACCAAAUAACAAAUCAAGCUGCUGCACCAUACUAUGA